AUGAUAAAAUUUCAAAUUGGAGGGAAAGUUCUCAAUUCUAAUGACAAUGAAUGUGAAGAAAUCGUUAAGAUUAAAGAUGUGACAAUUAAAAAUAGUGUAAGUGAAUCAAUGCUUAAUUUUAAUGUAAGCAACAGUGACGGAAUUAUUAAUACUGAAAGUAGUAAUGACAUAAUCGAAAAUGUUAAAAAUCAAUCCGUUCUUAUCUUUAAUGGCAAUGAAAUUAACGAAAUUAUCGAGAAUAAAGAUUAUAAUGAAAACAUUAAUAAAGAUUAUAGUGAGAACAACAAAAAUGUUGAAAGUAAUUCGGUGUUGAAAACUAAUAUCGAUAAAAGUGGUAAAAUUGAUUAUAUUAAUGAUAAUAACACAAAUAAAAAUGUUGCAAAUCAAUCGCUCUAUAAAUCUAAGGACAAUGAAUGUGACGAAAUCGUUAAGAUUAAAAAUGUGACAAUUAAAAAUAGUGUAAGUGAAUCAAUGCUUAGAUUCAGUGAAAGUAACAGUGACGGAAUUAUUAAUACUGAAGGUAAUAAUGACACAAUCAAAAAUGUUAAAAAUGAAUAUGUUCUUAACUUUAAUGUCAAUGAAAGUAACGAAAUUAUCGAGAAUAAAGAUUAUAAUGAAAACAGUAAAGAUUAUAGUGAGAACAUUCAAAAUGUUGAAAAUAUUCCGGUUCUUAAUUCUAAAGACAAUAAAAGUUACGAAAUAGUUAAUAUUAAAAAUGUGACAGUAAAAAAUAUUGAAAGUGAAUCAGUGUUCAAUUUUAAUGACAAUGAAAGUGAAAAAAUAAUUAAUAUUAAAGACUUUAAAGUUCAAGAAGCGUUAAAUAAAUAUGGAGACAAGAAAGAAAGAUUUAAUAAUAUUAUUCAAGACGAGAGUAGCGAUUCCAAACGUGAAGUAGUAUCUAUCAGUAGUGGUAAUGAAUCUUGCGAAGAAGAAAAUAACUUGAGGAGAAAUAAUAAAAUAAAUGUAACUACUGAUGAUGAUAGAUCUACAUCUUCUGACAGUGAUCAACAGGAAAAUAAUGAAGAAAUUGUUCAAAAACAGAAAGAUGAAGAGAUUCUAAAAGCAAAAAGAAGAAAAAAGAGAGGAAAUAAAAAAUCAAACAAGAGCAGCGAAGAUAGUGCAACUAGUGACUUAGAGACAUCUGAAGAAGAAAAAUCAAGAAAAACAAAAAAUCAAAGACUGAAAUAUACAAUUGAUAUUUGUAAAAUUGACAUUCCUGUUCACAUGAUAAAAAACUAUGAAACUAAUGAAAUUGAUGUAAAUUAUCUAAAAGCAAUGUACUCUACUGGAAAAGUUGGACGAUUACCAACAGCACUGAAUAAGGAUAGACUAAUGUACUACGCGAUUGUUUGUAGAUUAAACGAAACAACAAUACCUACUGCGGAAAUGUUAACAGUGAAGUAUGACGCAAAUACGAUAGGCGUUGCGCCGUGA